AUGUCUGGGACCGCUCUCCUCCUCCCUCUCCUCCUCCUCUCCCUCCUCUCCAUAGCUCUGGUCCGGUCCUGUCCCCGCUCUUGUAACUGUUACCAGGCGUCAGAGGUCCACUGUACCUUCAGGUCCCUGCAGACUGUUCCCUCUGGACUGCCCCCUCACACAAGACGGAUCAACCUGGGGUUCAACAGCAUCCACCUUCUACAGAACAGCUCCCUGUCAGGUCUGAAGAACCUGGAGCUGCUCAUGCUCCACAGUAACCACCUGCAGCAGAUCCCUCCAGGAGUGUUCAGUGACAUGAAGAACCUGCAGAUCCUGAAGUUGAGUUAUAACAAGCUGGAGGAGCUGUGGUCGGAGCACACCUUCUCGGGCCUGUCCUCUCUGACGCGCCUGUACCUGGACCAUAACCAGCUCCGAUGGAUCCACCCCAGGGCCCUGCUCCUGCUGCCCCGCCUACGCCUGCUGAAGCUGCAAGGGAACAGGCUGCUCCAGCUGCAUCCCCAGGCCCUGUGCACGCUCUCAGUGCUGGAGACCUACUGCUAUUCCACCCUCAGACACUUAGACCUGUCCAACAACAGCCUGUCCACUGUGGCCAAAGAGCUCCUGGAGACAGCACCCCUGCUGGAGACUCUGGUACUGCAUGCCAACCCCUGGAGCUGUGACUGUGGAAUGAACUGGCUCCUGGAUUGGACCGUGUCUAACCCAGGUGUCAUGAAAUGCCCUGGAAGUCCUCAGUGUCCGGUCUGCGCCUCCCCUCUCUCCCUGCAGCAUCAGGGCCUUCUGGACCAACCCAACCUGCCCUGCUCUGCACCUCUGAUCAGCUCCCCUGGACGCAAUACACCUCUGGACCCCUCCGACAUCCCUGAAAUCCUACCACGCCAAUCUUUCCGCGAAUCCCUCGGAACUCUAUCCCUGUCUCUAGCCGACCAGCAAGGCUUCAAUGUGGAUGUAACCUGCAACGUCUCUCAAACAUAUACCUCACCAGAUAUUUCAUCUGCUCUCGCUUCUUUCCAAUCUUUCCCUCUUUCUCUCGCUCUCUCUUUCUCCUUGGAGUGCUACGCUGAACGACAAAACUACGAAAAGCUGUGGCGGAUCAUGGCGUACUACAGCGAGUCAGCCGCGCGACUCGAAAGGGGGCUCAUGCUGAGUAAAGCCCCGACAUUAGCAUACCGCUACAGGCAAGCCCCCGAGACAGAGGGGGAGUAUCAUACGGGGGUCAAAGCCUCAAUGGCAGCAUCCCCGCACUGGUUACUACAACCCGCUGUUAGCAUUCAGCUGAACCGAGCCAAGUCGAACAGAAAGGCAGUUCACCUAGUGCUGUCUACAAGGGUGUCUGCGCACUCUGAUCUCGCUACCAGUCGCCCGUGGGUGCUCAUUUCAACCAAUCGUACGGUCAAAGGGCUGUCGGCACUGGCAGGGAGUACUGUAGAACUACCUUGUCCGAUUCUCAGCUCUGGCGGGCACAAAGUGGAGUGGAUUUUCCCAGAUGGCUCUAAAAUAAUUCCGUCUUCUUCGAGUUCGAACAGUAGAUGGAAGGUUUUAUCAUCAGGGUUGACGUUACAAAAACUGGAGCUGUCCGAUGCCGGUUUAUACUACUGCAAAGCCUCUAAUGGGAAGGAUACGGACAUUCUGCCAUUGCAAUUGGUAGUAAUAGAAUUGCCUGCAUCUGCAACAAGGGAAUCAGUUGAACUAAGUGGUGUAAUUGGACAACCUAUCACUAUUUCCUGCAAUGCCUCUGGAUCCCCUCCGCCCUUUACAAGUUGGCUUUUACCAAAUGGAAAUCUACUCCGGCACGGUUCAGCACUUUCAGGCGGGGUCACCAUGGAAGCUAAUGGAAGUCUCUCCCUUCCCAAGCCUUCCCUAAGGAACGCUGGUCAUUACAGAUGCAUUGUGGUAAACCAAUAUGGCAGCGACUCACUCUCAACGCAGCUUGAGCUAAAACCUCUACAAACCCCUCCACUCAAGACCACGUUUCCCAGGAGGCCGCAGUCCGCCGCAGGGAGGUCAACGAAGAUACGAGCGCCGUUGUUGAGGUCAGACGAAGGAUCCGGAGAUGGGGCGGAGGAGGAGGAGGAGGAAGAGGAAAGUGUGGUUAGAAACAGGCGGCCAUUUUUAAACAAUCAGAGAAGGAGGGGGCCCGGGCGAACUGGACUAGUGAAUGAGAGGAGGAAUCGCCUCGGGGGUAGACACAGGGUAGCCCCCAACAGGCAAAGGAUUGAUCCGAAAAAGUGGGCAGAUUUGUUGGCUAAGAUACGUGAAAAAGCAAUUACAGCGAGCGACAACCAGCCAGCUGAGUCAACUGAGAAGAGUGAAAGCAAAGUUAAUGAGGAAGUAGAAAGUUCGUCUGGGGAUGACACGAGAAUGUUUGAAGAGACUGUUUACCCUGCCAAGUCUCAAACAAACAUGGAGACUGAUGGAAGUUCAAGAAUCAAUGAAGCCACUACUAAGUUCAAGGAAACUACAAGUCAAGAACCACAUGAAAUAGCGACCACUCAUGGACAAUGGAUUACUACUACUACACCAGCGACUUCAACUACUACGCCUACUACGUCAAUGAGUAUUCAAGAUGCAAUGACAACAACCAAGCCGCUAAUGACCACUAGUGAAAUUGUUCCAAAAGUAGCGGAAAGUCACUCCCGCUACUCCAUCAUCCUCUUCACAUUUUGGGACAACCAGGGCACAGGUCUCCCUCAGAACUUCUGGCUUCCAGAUGACUUCAAAUACUCCCAGUACUAUCACUGCAACAAAGACUACAACUGCUGCACCUACAACAGUUUCAACUUCUGCAACACUUCAGGGACCAGGGACAGGCCCAUGGUUUACGGUGUGGACCCCAGACAGAGGCUCAUUCCUGGGACACCGCAGCAGAGUCGACCCCCCACAGACUGGAGGAAACCUGGAUCAGCCAAUUCUAUUCCAGAUUCACAGAGCAGCAGGACACAUCUACCUCCCCCGGCGUCACUCCCAAUCUCCCCCCGGUUACCCAUCCCUCGCUCCAGACCAAGAAUCUCAGACCCCCACAUCCGGUCCGUAUCAUACCCAGCUGAGGGCACCGCCUGGCUGCAUUGUGAGGCCGAGGGGGAGCCCAAGCCCGCAAUCACCUGGACCAAAGUCUCCACAGGAGCGGUGAUGUCCGUGAGCUCCAGAGCCCAGCGCCUCGAGGUGCUGCCCAAUGGGACCCUGGUCAUCCAGAGUCUGCAGCUCCAGGACAGGGGCACCUACAUCUGCAGUGCCCACAGUUACAUGGGACGGGACAGGCUGCUGGCUACUCUGGACGUCUGGACACGCCCCCCUCGCAUGCAGCUGCCCUCUUACCGAGAACUAACCACCCACCAGGGCGGCGACCUCAGCAUGGACUGUCGAGCCGAAGGAGUCCCCUCCCCGCUGCUGUCGUGGGUGCUCCCUGACCGCUCGGUCCUCUCCACCUCCCGCUCAUCCAACUCCCCCUCCAACGCACCCCGCUUCUCCUUGGACACCAACGGCACACUGCACCUGUCUGCCGCCCUUCCUACCGAUCGGGGCAUGUACCGCUGCGUGGCCUCCAACUCCGCCGGAGCCGCCAGCGCUUCCGUCCGUAUCCACGUCUCCUCCUUACCCCCCGUGAUCCAACAGCCCAAAGAAGAAGCCUUCACAUUGUCUCCCGGGAUGCCCCUAUACGCUCACUGCUCAGCCCGCGGUGCACCUAACCCCUCCCUGCGCUGGAAGAUCCCCUCUGGCAUCUACGUUCGUCCCUCGCAGUAUCUCCACGGCAACCUGUUUGUGCUCCCCAACGGCACCUUGCACAUCGUAAGCAUGGGUUCAAAAGAUACAGGGACUUAUGAGUGCACUGCGAGCAAUGCUGUGGGCAUGGAAAAGAGGGUAGUUAGAGUGCAGCUGGGUGGAAAUGUGGCAGCAGGGAAUCAGAUUGUUACGGAGCAAUAUUCAUCAGCAGCUCAUAAAGACAAAACACAGCCAAAGCUUGACCUGGAAAAUUCAUUAAAUGCAACAGAAGUAGCAGCGUCGUCUCCCAUUGAGAGGCCCAGAACAGUGAUACAGACAAUUUCUGCAAACACCUUACCUAAAAUCAGUUUCACUCCCUCUCCUAAGCGUUUCACAGGAGCAGUGGGUAAUGACGCCAGGCCCGCAGUGGAGGAUAGUAGGAAAAUAGCAAGUUCUUCAGAAGUUUUUCCAGAGAGUUCUUCUAGGGUUCCUCUUAAGGUUUCUCCGGUCGCUCAGUUCACUAAGGCCCAGAUCGUGUCCACCUCGCCCUCCCUCAGCACGGUGCAGGUUGGAGAGCGCAUGGACCUUCACUGUCAGGUCACAGGACACCCACCGCCCAACGUCAUCUGGAGAACACCAAGCAGGAAACUGGUCGACGUGCACUUCAGUUUUGACGGGCAUAUGAGGAUGCACCCUAACGGCACCCUGUCUGUGGGGGGUGUCACAGAGAGGGACGGGGGAGACUAUCUGUGCAUUGCCCGCAACAAGGUGGGCGACGACUACAGGCUGGUGCGCGUGACUGUGGCCCCCAAACCCGCCCAACAACCUGCCCGUCAACCGGACCUCCAACCUGCUUCACGAGCCGCCCAACAACCUGCCCGUCAACCUGCCGCACAACCGGACCUCCAACCUGCUUCACGAGCCACCCAACAACCUGCCCGUCACCCGGCCACACAACCUGAUCGCCAACCCGGCCCACAACCAGCCCAACAACCCAAUUUCCAACCUGCUACACAACCAGCGCACCACCUUCGCCCACAACCUUACCCAUACCCUUACCCACAACCGGCCCGCCAACCUGACCACCCACAACCAGCUCACCCACAACCUGCCCUACAACCAGCUCACCCACAACCAGCUCACCCACAACCAGCUCACCCACAACCAGCUCACCCACAACCAGCUCGCCCACAACCUGCCACACAACCCGCUCUCCUACCCAAUCGCCAACCCGCCCCACAACCAGCCCGCCAGCCUGCCCCCCACCCCGCCGCCAAACCCGCCUCCAUCCAACAGAAGCAGCCCGUCAAUCAGCUGGUGUCCCUGGGUAAAACGCUCCGGGUGGACUGUCUGGCCUCGGGUCACCCUGAACCCUCUGUGCGCUGGAGCCUCCCAGAUGGAACCAUAGUGAGCAGCACGUUUCAGGGGGCAGAUAAAGCUGUGCGCACCAGACGGUUGACGGUGUUCAACAACGGGACCCUGCUGGUGGCGGCCGUGGGGAGAGGGGAGGAGGGGGAGUACACCUGCUACGCCGAGAACCAGGCUGGGCGCGAUACUAUGAAGGUCAAAGUCAAAAUCAUGCCUUCCUCAUCUCCGCCCACAUUCGAAGACGACUCAGCCUACAGCGUGGUCAAAGUGCAGCUGGGCACCACCGCCAAAUUGCCCUGCGCGCCCACCGGAGACCCCGCCCCCUCUGUGACCUGGUUCUCCCCUAUGAACCGCGUCAUUCCCUGGACCUCACGCUCCGGGUUCUACACCGAGCGUGUGGUGGUGUCUGGGGGAACGCUGGAGCUACGCAUCGCUCAAAAGCAAGACACCGGCAACUACACCUGCCAGGCUUCCAAUGCAGCUGGGACUAGGAGCAAGGUUGUCAGGCUGGAGGUGGAGGUCCCCAGCGCAAUACGAAAUUCUGUUCCAGGGAAUCACGUCCUUAACGGGCAUGUCAGAGGAGUCACCACGCAGCUCGGGAGGAGUGUAGUGAGCGUAGGGGUGAGCGGCACUGGCAAUGUUGGCUUUAGGGCAGAGAAUUCAGCAAUAAACAGAAAUAAUAUUGGCGUGAAUAGUAAUAAGCUAGCUAGUAGACCAGGUGCAGUUUUGAACGUGGAAACAAACCACAACGAAGUGGUCGCCAGUAAGCCUAGCAAUGACGCUAACAGAAGAGAUAUUGAUAUUAGUAGUAGUGUGGCUAAUACUGGUUUAAGAAAUAGCGUAGCGGGUAAUGUUAGUUUAAGUCAAGGCGUGGUGCUAACGGUGAAGCAGCAGGUAAUAAAGGGGCAAAGUGUUUUCCUCCACUGUCCAGCAGGGGGCAGCUGGACACCGCGUCUGACCUGGCUCCUGCCCGGUAACACUGCCUUGGGUGCGCCUCACUACGGCAGCCGGCUCACCGUGCACCGUAACGGUACUCUGGAGCUGAGGGGGGUCAGCGGGGCCGACCAGGGCAGGUUUGUGUGUGUGGUGAGGGGAGACAGAGGGGAGACCAGACUGCAGGUGGAGCUUGAGGUAAGGGAGGAGCCGCACAGAGUAGAGCCACAUCCAGGCUCACCUGUGGACCAGCGCAGAGCCCAGAUCUCUCCCAGACCUGUGCCCAGAACUCCCACAAGCCUUCUCAGCAUUGCAUCUCGGACCCUCUCCUCUGAGCAAGUGGUGAGCACAAAGACCGCUGCUCUGGUCAGCAUCAUCAAUGGAGAAACACUGCACCUGCCCUGCUCCGCUCCACACUCCCCUGCACACUCCCAGGGUCCUGUGUCCUGGAGCUUACCCAACGGGCAGAGGCUGAGCAGUUCAGAGAGGCAGGGCCUGUACUCAGUGCAGACAGACGGCACACUCACGGUGCAGCAGGCGUCUGUGUUUGAUAGAGGCACUUACACCUGCAGGUUUAGUGCUCCCUCUGGUGUGGUGGAGGUGACAGUACCGGUCAUAGUCAUAGCCUACCCCCCGAGGAUCACCACCGGACCCGCCCCAGUCACCUAUACCCGCCCCGGGGUGGCUGUGGAGCUGCCCUGCCUCGCCAUUGCUACGCCUCGAGCCACCAUCACAUGGGAAAUGCCUGAUAUGUCCAAACUGACCGCACUGGGACAGGCUCGUAUCUAUGGCAACCGUUACUUGAGUCCCCAGGGGUCCCUGGUGAUCCAGAGUCCGAGCAGCCGUGACACUGGGUUCUACCGCUGUACGGCCAAAAACGUCAUUGGUGCGGACACCAAAGCCACAUACCUGCAUGUCAUAUGAAACAUGAACUCAAUAUGUGAAUAUUGUAAACCAACUACAGAUACAGAAUGAGAUGAACUGCUGUCAGCACAAAGUCCUCAUGCCCAACAACUGCACAGCCUCAGCAGAAAAGACUGAACCAGAACUCACGCAGUGUAUAAAUGUAUUUUUAUAAUAACUAUUAUUUUAAGGAGAGAAGGUGCUUUUAAGAACUUAUUGGAUCUGAAUCUGGAAGACUACAGCUCAAGGAGGAAACUUUGUGAUGAAAACUGUAUUUUUGUAGUUACGAAGCAGUGAGACAACAACUACAAGCUCCACAAAAGCAACUAUGUCCUUUUUGUGUUUUGUCAAAAGAAAAAUACAUAAGUAAUUCAUUUCCCAAAGUGAACAUUAUUGGGAGCUUAAAAGUCCUGCAUUAUUCUUUUGUAUUCUU